GUGUGUUUUUGUUGUCCCACAGGCAGUGAAGUUGUAGCGUUAGGUUGAGGCAGUUUCUGUGUCUCCUAUUUUGAAGAUAAUAUUGGAUUAAAUGUCUAAAUGUCGCGAAAACAGCAUAAAUAAAGACCUUCUCAUCAAUGGCCAAACUGUGGUCAAAGAUCUCUGCUGUUCUGCCUCAUAAUGAGGAACAGUUUCAACUGCAGUUCAGCGACAAAGUAGAGCCAAGUGUAGUGGAAAUGCUGAAAUGGUCUAGGCUGCAGCUGUACAGCGACUCUACGAGCACCAGCCGAAUGCUCAAUGCUCAGAUCAUUUUGGAUUUUUCAUGGGAGAAACUUAACAUGGGAACAUGGCGCCAUGUGGACAAAGAAUGGAGACGGGUUUAUUCGUACGGCUGCCUGUUCAAAGUAGGCGCUCUGUGUCAUGAAGACCCGUCAGCAGACGAGGUCCUGCAAGCUGUGAGGACUUGUGACAUGGGUUUACUCAUGGGUGCAGCCAUCAUGGAUAAUAUACUUCAGGUUAUUGUUCGGAUUCUGCAAGAUGAAGUAAGGAAGUCCACUAAAGAAGUAGAAGAAAAUGACCAUGCUGAGGCCAAGAGAAUAAAGAUGGAGAGCCCACGUGUUCCUGUGAUCAAAGAAGAGUUGGCAGUUCCCAGGAUAAAGUGUCCUUCACUGGAGAGCUUUAACACAAACUACCUGCUCCCCCUUAAACCAGUGAUUUUGGAGGGGAUCAUUGAGCACUGGCCCGCCCUCAACCAACACCCCUGGAGCAUAGAAUACUUGAGGUCUGUUGCUGGCUGUCGGACUGUUCCUGUUGAGGUGGGAUCCAGGUACACCGACGAGGAAUGGUCACAGACACUGCUUACGGUCAAUGAAUUCAUUGAUCGAUACAUUUUGAAUAAAGAUGGAGGAAAAGGUGUGGGUUAUCUCGCUCAACACCAGCUGUUUGAUCAGAUACCAGAGCUGAAGGAAGACAUCCGCCCUCCUGAUUAUUGCUGCCUUGGCGAAGGAGAUGAAGACGACAUUACUGUAAAUGCGUGGUUUGGGCCCGGAGGUACCGUGUCUCCUCUUCACCAAGACCCUCAGCAGAACUUCCUGGCUCAGGUUGUGGGAAGCAAAUACAUUCGCCUAUAUUCCCCGGAGGACACAGACAAGCUCUAUCCUCAUCAAUCACAGCUCCUUCAUAACACCAGUCAGGUGGAGGUGGAGAAUCCAGACACAGAACGCUUCCCGGAGUUUGCCAAGGCUCCGCAUCUGGAAUGUGUGUUACAGCCUGGAGACGUGCUGUUCAUCCCCGUCCGACACUGGCAUUAUGUUCGAUCCUUAGAGCUCAGUUUCUCUGUCAGCUUCUGGUGGUCAUGACUGCAGAUCCAUAAUAAAAAGUUAUUACAAUUUGA